AUGGCUGAUCAAACAGCGGCUCAUUAUUCCGAUACAAGCGGGAAGAAACAAACCUCUCCCGAUAAAAAGGAGACCGAUGCAGCAUUGACCGACGAUACUGGUGUUCUCUCUCUUCCCGCGGAAGAAUCAGAGGGCUGUCACGAUGGCAUGUUGCUGAGGGAUGUUCCCAAACGCACAACGUUCUAUGACCCCGUUGCGGAACGGCAGAUGUCUCAAACUGAUGCGAAGCUGUUCUAUCAGCGCAGCAAAAUAGAGGCACGCAGCGGCAAUGCAAUGACUUGGGGCCAAUCAAGCCCUAGCAACAGCCCAAUUAUAGCGUCUAAAUCUCGACCAUCUGCAGAGCAUGUGUUGGAUUAUUUGAACGCGGAACAAGAAACAGAAAACGUAGACGAAGCAGGGAAAUUGCCAAUGCCACGUACAUCUCAUUGCAACCAAAAUGCUGCCGGAAUUGGCCUUGUCUCAACCCCCAACAGCAGCUAUGAGGAUGGAAUUGAGAGCAAGAUUGCCUCUGAGGCGGGUUUGGGAGCAUUUCAAAGCAAUGCCCUCCUUAAUACUGAGCCCCACGUCAAUGCUGAGCUAAGUGCAAUUUCGAAGAACAUCCAGAAAGUACUGGACGUAAGAAGAAAGUACAUCGCCUUGUCAUGUCAAGGCCUGGACGACAACCCUAGAGACGGCGACGAUUGGGAAAUCUAUCCACCUCCACCAGAGCCAGCAUGGUCCCAGACAAAAGGGGGCCGUACUGACUUCCCGGGAUCUAAUCCUUCUGAACAAGGGACGCAAACUAAAAGACCUUCGCUGUCCCGAAGGAGAAAACCCGGUCUUGAUGUCGGGGAGGACUUCAAUAUGGAAGAUUUGCUGCCUCUACCUGGAGCAGACGAUGCGACGUUCAAACUUGAUGAUAGUGGGGUCUAUCAAGUUUUUGGCAAUGGCGAGGAGCAAUCACCCCUAAUCAACGUCCCAAACAUCCGGGAAUUCUACAUGGAUCUCGACAGCAUAGUAACUGUGUCUUCAGAUGGACCUAGCAAGAGCUUUGCGUUCAGACGCCUUCAAUACCUGGAAGCCAAGUUCAAUUUGUACGUUUUACUCAACGAAUAUCAGGAGACGGCUGAUAGCAAAAAGGUUCCUCAUCGCGACUUCUACAACGUUCGCAAAGUGGACACUCACGUGCACCACUCGGCCUGUAUGAAUCAAAAGCAUCUUUUGCGAUUUAUCAAGAGCAAGAUGAAGAAGCAUCCAAAUGAGGUCGUCUUGUUCCGCGACGGCAAGCAUCUCACCUUGGCAGAAGUCUUCUCAAGCAUUAACCUCACAGCCUACGACUUGAGCAUAGAUACGCUAGACAUGCACGCCCAUACCGAUUCAUUCCACCGAUUCGACAAAUUCAAUCUCAAAUACAACCCCAUUGGAGAGUCCCGCCUGAGGACAAUCUUCCUCAAGACAGACAAUUUCAUCCACGGGAGAUAUUUGGCGGAAAUAACAAAGGAAGUGAUUUCAGACCUGGAGUCAAGCAAAUAUCAGAUGGUUGAAUGGCGUAUCUCGGUCUACGGUAAAUCCAUCGACGAGUGGGAUAAGCUGGCCUCUUGGGUCGUUGACAACAAGUUGUUCUCGCACAACGUGCGAUGGCUUAUUCAAAUUCCCCGAUUAUACGAUGUCUACAAGGCAAGCAACCUCAUGGACACUUUUGAACAAAUUGUGAAAAAUAUUUUCCAGCCUCUUUUCGAGGUGACCAAGGAUCCGUCCAGCCACCCUAAAUUGCACAUUUUCCUGCAGAGAGUCAUUGGUUUCGACAGUGUCGACGACGAGAGCAAGGUGGAGCGCCGGUUGUUCAAGAAAUUCCCGGUACCAAAGGUCUGGGAUUCGCAACAAAAUCCGCCCUACAGCUACUGGAUAUACUACUUAUUCGCCAACAUGGCGUCCCUAAACUACUGGCGGAGACUGCGAGGUUUCAGCACUUUUGUCUUGAGACCUCAUUGCGGCGAGGCUGGCGAUAGCGAGCACUUGGCAGUGGCUCUCCUGUGCUGCCACAGCAUAAGCCAUGGCCUCCUGCUCCGCAAGGUUCCGCUGCUGCAAUACGCAUUCUACUUGGAGCAAAUUGGCAUUGCAAUGUCCCCUCUGAGCAAUAAUGCCCUUUUCCUAGCGUACGAGCGUAAUCCUUUCUACCAGUAUUUCAGGCGGGGAUUGAACGUGUCACUGUCGACAGAUGAUCCGUUGCAGUUUGCCUUUACCAAAGAGCCGCUCAUAGAAGAAUAUGCAGUGGCGGCGCAAAUCUACAAGCUCAGCCCUGUGGACAUGUGCGAGCUUGCCAAGAACUCGGUCAUACAGAGUGGUUAUGAGGCGUCUAUCAAAAAAAUGUGGCUGGGGCCGAAUUUCAACACCCCAGGAACAGGCGGAAACAUGAUGGUUAAAACCAAUGUUCCAGACCGCAGAGAAGAAUUUCGAUACCACACCCUGCUGCAGGAGCAGGACAUGUUGCGACGCUACGCUGCUCAUGAUGCGAGCAAGGAGGUCAAUAUGGCAAACGGCCCUGCUCACAUUCCAGCUGCCGGAGCAGCACUGGGGGUCCCCGACAUGUCUUCCUCCCUCAACCACACAACAGAGAGUGGCGAAAACGGGCCAGAUGGCAUCGCGGAAUGUCCAAUCUCGGAGAGGAAACCAGAGCUUCAUGGCGAUACAAGCUUGGAUUCAGGGAGGGUCACGGAAGCCAUGGCCGACUUGCACUUAUCUGGCAGUGAUCCAAGACUGUUUCCAGGCAUUUUUACACGGGAUCAUCGAUCUGACAGCCUGCGGAACCUGCACAGAAACGACGAAGAGUGGGCUGUUGAUUCCAGUGAGGCUCCUGGGGACGAGGACGACAUCUGA